CUCACACGCACGCCGCCUCUGUUUGUACACAGUGCGCUCGGGCUCACGCUUCAUUGUUCUCCAAGUCGGGAGCUCGGCCGCCGGGGCCAGCGUGCCGUCCGAGGGGCCGCCGCCGCCCGCGCCCCGCCCCGCCGGGACCCCCCCGGGAGCGCGCCCACCCCCGGGGAAGCGGCGUCGCUCGCGCCCGGCACCACUUUCUCGCCCUCUCCAGGAAUUUGUUUCGGGAAGCGCUGCGGGAAGAAGACAUCUUCCCCGGGCCGGCGUGGGGCGGGGUCUGUGGCUCCCCUGCGGCGCCUCCGCGGCGACACUGCCCUCCGCGGCGACCCCGGGCCAGCCGGGGCCACGUCCCGGAGCCGGGACCAUGACGCGCUGCUCGGCCGCCGCUUGGCUCUUGCUCUGGCUCAGCCUCGGGAUCCCCCAGUUCUGCAAAGGUGAUAUCUGUGAUCCCAAUCCAUGCAAAAAUGGAGGUUUGUGUUUGUCAGAAUUGGCGGGCAAUGCUUACACCUGUGAGUGCCCAGAUGGCUUCACAGAUCCAAACUGCUCUAGCAUUGUGGAGGUUGCAUCAGAUGAAGAAGAGCCAACUUCUGCAGGUCCCUGUAUUCCUAAUCCGUGCCAUCACGGAGGAACCUGUGAAAUAAGUGAAGCCUACCGAGGCGACACAUUCAUCGACUAUGUUUGUAAAUGCCCUCGAGGAUUUAACGGAAUUCACUGUCAACACAACAUAAAUGAAUGUGAAGCUGAGCCUUGCAAAAAUGGUGGAAUAUGUACAGACCUUGUUGCUAACUACUCCUGUGAGUGCCCAGGUGAAUUCAUGGGAAGAAAUUGUCAAUACAAAUGUUCAGGCCCACUGGGUAUAGAAGGCGGAAUCAUAUCAAAUCAGCAAAUCACAGCUUCAUCUACCCACCGAGCUCUUUUUGGACUUCAGAAAUGGUAUCCCUACUAUGCACGUCUCAAUAAAAAGGGGCUUAUCAAUGCCUGGACGGCUGCAGAGAAUGAUAGAUGGCCAUGGAUUCAGAUAAAUUUACAGAGAAAAAUGAGAGUCACUGGUGUGAUAACUCAAGGAGCCAAAAGGAUUGGAAGCCCUGAGUAUAUAAAAUCUUACAAAAUUGCCUACAGCAAUGAUGGAAAGUCUUGGACAAUGUACAAAGUGAAAGGUACCAGUGAGGAUAUGGUGUUCCGCGGAAAUGUCGAUAAUAAUACACCUUAUGCUAACUCUUUCACACCCCCCAUAAAAGCUCAGUAUGUUAGACUCUAUCCUCAAGUUUGCCGAAGACACUGCACUUUGAGAAUGGAACUUCUUGGAUGUGAACUGUCAGGCUGUUCUGAGCCUCUGGGGAUGAAGUCGGGGCACAUCCAAGACUACCAAAUCACUGCUUCCAGUGUCUUUAGAACUCUCAACAUGGACAUGUUCACUUGGGAACCGAGGAAGGCUCGGCUAGACAAGCAAGGCAAAGUGAAUGCCUGGACUUCUGGCCACAAUGACCAGUCGCAAUGGUUACAGGUGGAUCUCCUGGUUCCUACCAAAGUGACUGGCAUUAUUACACAAGGAGCUAAAGAUUUUGGUCAUGUACAGUUUGUAGGCUCCUACAAACUAGCUUAUAGCAAUGAUGGAGAACACUGGACUGUAUACCAGGAUGAAAAACAAAGAAAAGAUAAGGUUUUCCAGGGAAAUUUUGACAAUGAUACCCACAGGAAAAAUGUCAUAGACCCUCCCAUCUAUGCACGGCUCAUUAGAAUCCUCCCUUGGUCCUGGUACGGGAGAAUCACCCUGAGGUCGGAGCUGCUGGGCUGCACGGAGGAAGAAUGAGGAGACCGACACACACACAACCUUCUUCUCUUUUUCCCUAAAAUGUAUGUCUAUGGAAUGAACUGAGCAAAAUAUGUAGGAAACUGGAUGGGGUGUUUUAUGACAAACGUGCUGAAAUUAUGGUAGGCCACUGUCUUUUUAAGGAGGUCUAAGCCUGCCUUUUCAAAGUAAUUAUUUAAUUUGAUUGCUCUAGUGUAAAUGUCCUAAGCAACAUCACAUUAACUUUGGGUUCCAUUUUUCCUUAUUUCCUGAAUUAAUCACAAUGAUCGAGAUACAUUAAGUAAAAAAGAUAGACUCUGUUUUACAGCAAGAGUAAGAUAAAUAACGUAGUUAUCAUGCAAAAGAAUUGAUAUAGCAUUUCUAAUCAACUAAUAAUUAAAGGAAUUCUGAAAUGUGAGCAAUAAGGUUUUUUUUCCUCUGUAAUGACAUUACAUUAUCCUCAAUGUUUCCCUGUGCCUACCAAACACUCCCAGUGUUUAUAACAGAAUUAUAAAGUAUCUGUAACAUGGAGUAAUAACAUAAUUUUCUUUCACCGUCAUAAUUUCAAAAUAGGCAUUAUAGCAUUUUUUUCUCAUUUUGAUGCAAUUCUUUAUUAUUUAUAUUGUAUACUACCUGAAUAGGUCCUUACUAUUCCAACUGAGUUUUAUCCUAUAAUUUCCUAAAUGAAGUAUCUUGUUAGUAUAUAUAUGGCACAUAGAUAUCAGUUGGUUAUUCAAUGUUGUUAUACUGAAUCUGCAAUUCUAGUUCUGAAGGAAGUACAGAUAUGCAAUUUUCAAUGUUUUCUUCCUAAAGAACUCAAUACUAACUUUUUGCAAAAUAAGUAGUAAAAUUAUUAUAAAUUCUUUUUAACUAAAAAUAUAAACCUUUAUUUUAAAGGUAUUUACAUAUCCUUACCCUUACUUAAAUAUUAUGAUUAUUUUUAUCUAGGUUAUGAAGUCAGCAUAUGUUAACAGUGUGUGACAUUGAUUGGCCAAGCAUACUCAUUAUUUCUUUGUUCUCUGCAUUUCUUGUGAAACUAGAAAAUCAUUGAGAUUCAAACUGGUGGUAGUUUCCUAGGAGAGCACAUUGGAUAAUUAUUUGUAGAAAGAAAAGUAUUUACUAGUGACAAAGUAGUAAACCAUUUUGAAGAUGCAAAUUGAUUUCAAUUUUUUUGCUUCAAAGGUCCUGAAAAAAUAAGCAAUUAUCAUAAAAUUUGUUGUUAGUGGAGGUUUCAUUGACAUAUCUCUCAAAUUAAAGCUCACACUGCCUCCAUAAAAGCCUUCAACAUCUGAUUUAUAAGCUUUACACGAAUUACUUUAUAAGGCUUAGACACAGAAUUUGGGAGUUUUUAAUUAAGGGUCCUGAAAAGAAAAUGUGGUAUGUGUUUGAAACGCUGAAGUUCUGUGCAACACUGCUAAAUUUUUCUUUAUUAUUUGUGCUGCAUAAAAAAAGCCACUAGACUUACUGUCUUGUCUGUCCGUGUGUUAACAGCAUUUUAUAAUGAUGUAUAUAUGGAGUGGUCUUCAAUCAUAGUGAAGAAUUUGAAGAGAAAGUCAAUCAUAAUGGCAUUUGUAAUAAGAGAAAAUUUAGAAUUGUCUGGUCACGUGUUUCUCUGUGUUCACAAGCUCUCUAUUUCAGGUUCUUAUUAAGUCAUUGCUGAUUUGGAAUAUUUAAAAUGUCGAUGAGUUUUCAGCAUCCUUC